GCUCCCGCUGCGCGUCAGUCCGACACGGCCGCUUUCGAGUGAACCACGUGUCAGCUACCGCUCCAUAACUUUACGCGAUAUUUCGACUUUUUCUUCUAUAUUUUGUUCUACGUUCCAAUUUCAAAUUUUGAACAAUAAAGUUUUUCUUCAGUGAUGUGCUCUGUGGCCAGGUAGUUUGGAAUAACUUUUCGGUGACUUUUAAAGUUUUUCGUUUGGUCGAUAAUUUUGUUUGACGGUUUCUGUGGUCCUGUUAUCUGAGUGAGCUGGAUUAGCAAUCGUCAUUCUGCAUCCAAAUCAUAUAGGAACCUAGAUUACAGCAACGACUACUAUUUCUUCAGAGGAUCAUGUUGCAGACCCAUUUUAUAAAAUAGCAGAGAUGCCUCGCUUCAAUUCCCGGUGGGAUACGAAUAGCUUUUAAUCUCAGGAUCAUCAAUUAUGUAAUCUGAUCUCCAAUCAAGAACUCAGCAAACAUCGAUCCACAAUGGAGCUGGAAGACGUGGAGCAGUACGGCGCGAUGAACUUCAGCUACUAUGACAACAACACGUACAACUCGACGUUCGAGGCGUGCCCCAACAUGAACACGCCGGCCGUGUACCUCGUGACGCAGGCGCUGUACGCGCUCGUGUGCGUGGUGGGGCUGCUGGGCAACACGCUCGUCAUCUACGUCGUGCUGCGCUACUCCAAGAUGCAGACCGUCACCAACAUGUACAUCGUCAACCUCGCCAUCGCCGACGAGUGCUUCCUCAUCGGCAUCCCCUUCCUCAUCACCACCAUGUCCGUGCGCUCCUGGCCCUUCGGCAAGUACAUGUGCAAGGCGUACAUGAUCUCCACCGGCAUCAACCAGUUCACGAGCAGCAUCUUCCUGUGCAUCAUGAGCGCCGACCGCUACAUCGCCGUGUGCCACCCCAUCGCGGCGCCGCGCCUGCGCACGCCCUUCGUGUCGCGCGUGGUGUCCGCCGCCGCCUGGACCGCCUCCGCGCUCGUCAUGACGCCCAUCUUCAUGUACACCACCAUCAUCCAGACCGACAACGGCCUCUCCUGUAACAUCGUGUGGCCCGAGAAGGAGAUCAACAAGGGACAGAACUCCUUCAUCCUCUACUCGUUCGCGCUCGGCUUCGCGACGCCGCUCGCGCUCAUCUUCAUCUUCUACUGCCUCGUGAUCCGCAAGCUGCGCACCGUCGGACCCAAGAACAAGUCCAAGGAGAAGAAGCGCUCGCACCGCAAGGUGACCAAGCUGGUGCUGACGGUGAUCGCGGUGUACGUGCUGUGCUGGCUACCGUACUGGGCCUUCCAGGUGGCGCUGAUAUACUCGCCGGCCACGGAGUGCGCGUCGCGCGUCACCAUCACCGUGUUCCUGGUGGCCGGCUGCUUCAGCUACAGCAACUCGGCCAUGAACCCCAUCCUGUACGCCUUCCUGUCGGAGAACUUCAAGAAGAGCUUCCUGAAGGCGUGCACGUGCGCGGCCGGCAAGGACGUGAACGCGACGCUGCACGUGGAGAACUCGGUGUUCCCGCGGAAGCGCGGCGGCGGCGGCGCGGCGGGGCGGGCGGCGCGGGCGGCGCGGGGCGCGGGGGCGGGCGCGGCGGCCGUGCGCGCCUCGCACACCACCAGCGAGUCGCUGCUGCUGGAGCCGCGGCCGGCGCUGCUGCCCGCGCUGGCGCCCAACGGAGGCGGCGAGGCGCACUCGCAGCUCUGAGGCUCGGGCGCGCGCCGCAGCGACCCCUCGCCCGUCGCCGAUGAGGAUACGCUGAUGGUGUCGCUGGACUGAGCGCCGCGUGACGUCACGAGGCGCGCGAGCCCCGAGCCCGGGCUCGUGCGCGUCCUGCCUGUGUGCGCGUGCGCGUGUGUGAGCGUGUGCGCCUGAGUGCGAGUGUGAGUGACUUGUGUACCGGAGUUCUCCUCCGUGAAGGAUUGUAAAUAUCGGUGGAUAGUUCGUACGUACUUAUUAUCUCUUUAUUUUUCAAUGUUCCUGUUCAAUAAAUUACUUUCUAAAUGUAUACUUAACAUAGCAAAAGACCGAAGUACCUACUCUCGAUCGAAUUAAGAUGUUAGAAUAGGGUCGUAACGAAGAAUUUACUAAUGUGUAAUUUUAAGAUAAUCGUUUGUACUUAUACUGUUCAUUAUACUUUACAUUUUAUUGUAAAAAUGUACAUAUCUUGUAAAUAGUCAUAAAUUGCCAUUACUAAUGUGUAAAUCGUAAUAAAAUUAUGUGAAGCAA